AUGGUGUCGCCAGCCAUCUCCUUCCUCGCCCGGGCGCGAAAGAUGGCGGCCCCCGCCCCCUUUCUCCCUCGACCCGGCGCCUUCAAGAUGGCGAUCAACGGCAUGGCGGACAGUCGCAUCCUCGAGCGGCCGGCCAACGUGACGGCCGGCCCGAACUCUGCGAUACCAGUCGAGAGUUCGCACCCCAUUGUUACCGAUGUGGUUCAACUCACCACAUCGCAUCCGAUUCAGCCUGUCCGGCAAAUUCCUACUGGUACCCAUUUUACUGCUGCAACCACUCCUUUGCAACCACCUGUCUCACCACCGCCGCCGGGUUCACCCCGUGCAGAAAAGUCUCGUGAACAUCCGUGCGGCACUCCUCCCCAAGACACUGCCCCUGAAGGCACUCAGGACACUGACACCUUCCAGUCCCUGUACGAGUAA